AUGGCAGUCCGCUGGGGCAUCGUGUCCGUUGGCCUCAUCUCCAGCGACUUUACGACCGUGCUACGGACGCUGCCUCGCUCCGAGCACCAGGUGGUGGCGGUGGCGGCUCGCGACCUGAGCCGGGCGAAGGAGUUUGCGCGGAAGCAUGACAUCCCCAAGGCUUAUGGCUCCUAUGAGGAGCUGGCCAAGGACGCGAACGUGGUGAACGCCGCAGAAGUGAGAGAAAUGGUUGCGGAGGCCCGAUCCAGAGGCCUCUUCCUUAUGGAGGCAAUCUGGACCCGGUUUUUUCCUGCCUUAGAGGCUCUGAGGGCCGUUCUAGCCCAGGGAACUCUGGGAGACCUUCGAGUGGCCCGAGCGGAAUUUGGGGCAGACCUCACCAAGAUGGCCCGGGCCACAGACUGGGCACAGGCUGGCGGGGGCCUGCUGGACAUUGGAAUCUACUGCAUCCAGUUCAUUUCCAUGGUCUUCGGUGGGCAGAGGCCGGAGAAGAUUUCAGCCGUGGGAAGGCGCCAUGAGACCG